CAGAAGCAUCAUGAAGACAGUCACUGCCUUUGGGUUUGUCCUUUUUUGUCUGAAAAUCUGUUCUUCAAAUCCUUUGCCCCGUCCGACAAACUGGCUCAGACGAUGUCAGGUCUCCACCAAUCUUUCCAUCACAGCACUGGAAGUCCUCCCUGGAGGAGGCUGGGAUAAUCUCCGAAACAUGGAUAUGGGCCGAGUGAUGAAUCUCAGCUACUUUGAGUGUCAAACGACUGAGGACAGGCUCUACCUCAUCCCAGACGAGGUGUUUGUCAUCGCGCAGAAGGAGACAGGUGUGGAGACCAACUCUGAGUUAAUUAGUUCUUGGCUGGAAGAAAAAAGCACCACAUCUCAUACCAUUAAUAACGAAAUAUCAUACCUGGAGAUACUGAAUGGCAAAUAUUCUGACGAGAACAAAAGGAUGAAAACCCAUCAGGUUAAAGACUUGGCUACCACAGCCAGGGUUCAGGUUCGUGAUUUGGUCUACACAGUGAAAGCUUACCCGGACUUCACACUGGAUCUCCGUUUUGUUCAGCAAGUCAAGGAAAUUGCAGAUGCAAUUGAAAAUAAUCAGACGAGGAAUGCAGAUUAUCUCUCAGAGAAGAUGGUGCUGGACUAUGGAACCCAUGUUAUCACCAGUGUAGAUGCAGGAGCUUCUUUGGUACAGGAAGACUAUCUCCAUUUUAUGUCCAAUAAUGAGUCAGAUAGCUCCACUAUUAAAACUCAGGCCGGGUUAAACUUUUUUGACAAACUCAAAUUUGAUAUCAGUAGUCAAUUUAGCCAACAAAGCUCAUUACUUCAAAAAUAUCAGUCUAACAUUCAGUACUCUCUCAUCCAAAGCCAUGGUGGCAUACCUUUUUAUCCUGGAAUCACUUUGCAGAAGUGGCAAGAAAGUACCAGGAAUAAUCUGGUUGCCAUUGACAGAUUUGGAUCUCCCCUCCACUAUUUCAUAAACACAAACACUUUCCCUGAUCUGCCAGAACCUACAGUCGGCAAAGUGGCUCGUCGGGUGAAUAAGGCUAUUGAGCUGUAUUACAAGGUCAACACGCGCCCUGGUUGUGUGGACAUUACUUCCAAGAACUUCAACUUUCAGGCCAAUGUUGAUGACAACUCUUGUGAGGGCCCAGCCACCAACCUUAGUUUUGGAGGAGUUUACCAAGUAUGUACUAAACUCACCUAUGAUUCUUAUCCACUCUGUGAUACACUGGCCCAAAAGAACAUACAGACAGGUGACUUCUCCUGUCGCCCACCUUACACUCCAACUUUACUGCGAUCUGAAGUGAGACAGCAGGGUUACAAUUCAUAUGAAUGCCAUACAGAAAAGGAAUCAUGUUUCAUUUUUAGUUGUGAUAAGACUGUUUGCAGUGAUGUAUAUCGUGUUCGCUCUGCUCGUAUAGAUACCUACUGGUGCUCUGUGAAUGGAAAAGCUCCAGAUUACUCAGGGUAUCUGUUUGGAGGAAUCUAUGGCCCCUCUUUCCAGAACCCCAUCACCAAGUCCAAAAGCUGCCCUACAAACUUCAUUCCAGUGAAGUUUCUAUCAGAUGGCCAAAUGAUCUGCAUGAGUGACGACUAUGAGACCGGCAUCAGAUACUCCGUCCCAUUUGGAGGUCUCUUCAGCUGCGAGUCUGGUAACCCACUGGCUAAAAACCAAAGUAGAUGCCCUCCCAAAUUCAGCCAGCACCUCGCCACGGUUAGCGAUGGCUGUGAAAUUCUUUACUGCGUCCAGUCUGGACUGUUUACAGGGGGUGAGCUGAACCCAAUCCGUCUACCUCCAUUUACCAAACGUCCUCUCGUAAAAAUGCAGACCACCAACACAAUGAUGGUGAUGACUGAAGGAGAUAAGAGCUGGGUCAGGAUGGGGCCCAGUAAAGGGUGGAAACUUGUGAAUCCAGAGGAAAUGCACCAGCUUCAAAGUUCUGGGUUGAACCAGCAAAGGUUUAACCCAGAACUCAAUCAGAUGUCAAAGGAAAAAAUAGCAGGCGUGGCAAUUGGAGCAAUAGGUUUGAUAGGAAUGGUGGUGAUAGUGGUAGUGAUCUUGGUUAAGAAAAGGAGGAGGUACUCUGGAUUGAGGUCCAGCGGUUAUGUGGAAAUACGUGAGCAGGUUGGGAGGGAGACACAAGAAGAUGAAACUUAAAGUUAUGCAACAAAAAGAGAGCAUUGUGUUUUCACAUAUAAAAAGGAUGUUAGAAAUGUAGCUUUUUCCACCAGAGUAAAUACAUUAAUGUUUUGUAUAGGUAUGUGUGUAAUACAUAUUCAGCAACAUAUGAUGAUGGUGUUUUUUGAGGAACAUGUUAUUUUAUGACAAAUCAGCCUUUAAAAACAAAAUAAUUUUCUUUAGACACCAAAGCUCAUUUUCAAACUUUAUGGUGACCCUCAGCUCCAAGCUGCACAAAUACAUAACUCAUUUAAUGUGUAGUAUUGCUUAUAUAUUACCUUUGUAUAUCCUGCUUUACUCAUUAUGAACAUAUAUGUUAACAUUUAGGUAAAACAUAAAUUACCUAAGUGUAUUUUUAUUAUAGGUGAAAAAGGGAUCUAAGUACUUUUGUGGCAUAUCAUAAGAAUUGAUUUCCUGUUUUAUAAAAAUUAAUUUUAUGCAAUGUAUUCUACAGCAUAUUCAUACAAAAAUAAA